CGAAGCCAAAUUACGAUGCACAUUGUUUCACACCAUAACUGGCAAAACUGUCUCAAACAACACCAGCGUAUUUCGUCAAGAGUGACUAGGGAAUGUUCAUAAGGUCGACUUUGCUUUCGUUUUGCGUUUUCAGACCAUCGCCGACGCAGUUGUUUCGGUUUUGAGCGUCGAAGGGUGUUUUUUCUUCCAGCCGCCGUCAACACGGCAGCAGCUAACGUUCGAGCUAGAGAAGCUAACGAGCUAGCUGCACGUCAGCCCCGCUUAAUUCUAACGUUCAGCUGUGAUUUAGGAGGGAGGCGUUGAUGAGCAGCGAUGUCCGGCAUCGCUCUUAGCAGACUGUCCCAAGAGCGCAAAGCCUGGAGGAAAGACCACCCGUUUGGCUUUGUGGCGGUGCCCACCAAGAAUCCCGAUGGAACCAUGAAUCUGAUGAACUGGGAGUGUGCCAUUCCAGGAAAGAAAGGCACUUUGUGGGAGGGAGGACUCUAUAAGCUCAGAAUGCUGUUCAAAGAUGACUACCCUUCCUCUCCACCUAAAUGCAAGUUUGAGCCACCAAUAUUCCACCCAAACGUUUACCCAUCAGGCACCGUAUGUCUGUCCAUCCUGGAGGAGGAUAAAGACUGGAGGCCAGCCAUCACUAUCAAACAGAUUCUGUUGGGGAUCCAGGAGCUGCUGAAUGAGCCUAACAUUCAAGACCCAGCACAAGCAGAGGCUUACACAAUUUACUGUCAGAACAGGAUGGACUAUGAGAAGCGGGUCAGGGCACAGGCCAAGAAGUUUGCUCCCACAUAGACGUGAGUGCUGUCCUCCAUCCCAUCCUGAGCAGCCUGACGUGAUUGAUGUUACAAACAGGAGGCAGGUGUUACCUGAAGGACCACUCCAAUAAGAAUUCAGUUUUGAGUAUUAUCCUACUACUACAGUUUCCUUUGUUUUUAUUGUUUCCUACCUAUUUCUCUUUUCGAAGUAGCAGAAGUUCUGUGAAAUCAUAAUUUUACCUGUGUUUAAGAAAUAAUUAUGCAUUUCUAUGCAUAGCUGAUGAUUCUGAAAUGUUGCUGUCAGCCUUGCUAAGCUCGCUCAUUCUUCCAUUAAUACUGUAGCUCGUGCUAUGUAUUGACAGCACUGUAUAAAUGAGAUUUGAUGUCCAAACCGAUAGUCUGGCAGAAAUUGUGCCUCCACAAGUGUUACAGGUGGUGUUACAUGAAUAAGGGUAAAAAGUCGGACGAAGCAGUCAGAAGGAGCCGUCCUCUGCUUCUGAGUAUUUCCAUUCUCGUCACUCAUUUAAAAAAUAAAAUCCAGAGCAACUCAUUAAAUCUAAAUCAGUGUUCUGGUGAUGAGCUAAACUUAAACCUGACUUUAGUGCAGUGGAAUUAAGAUAAAAGAUUCUUUUCGUGAAUCCAACUGACGAAGGUCCAUGCAAUAAUAUCAUCUGCUUCCCAAAUGUAGUAUGAGAUGGUGUAAAAGAGAGGUUUCCAUGCUUUUAUCGAGCUCCAUUCAGCCAUUUUUAAUGAUGAUUUUGUCCCACUGUGCUUCAAAAAUGAACAUAAACCUGUAUAAAUGGAGCAGCUGUGAAGCUGAAGGCUCCUCAUUGGAGUGGCCUCUCGGCACGGAGUUAAGAGGAAAGUGCACUUGAGUAAGCAAAAGCCUGAGAUGUGGCCUCUGAACAUACGAGCGCAUGUACAUAAUAUAAAUAUUGAAGAAAUGUGGAACUUAUGUUUUAUAUUGUUUUAGCCAGUUGACAUUUGUGUGUGCUGUUAUAACAAAGACACAAUAAAUGGCAUAAAAAAUAAAGUUCAGUAAAGAAAGUA